UCUCUCUCUACUCCUCCUCCAUCUCCCCCACUCCCCCUCCAUCUCUCUCUUCCUGUCCAGUUGGAGGCUAGAGGAGGUCCUGUCGUUGAGCUGGGGCUGAGAACUCAGAGUCCAGAGCCCAGGGAGAGUCCUCUACAGCGGGGGGACAGAGAGCAGCAGAGGAGGCUGCUAGUCGACACCCACACAGCCGCCAUGGACCUGCGCUGUCGGCUGGAGCUCAGCGAGAAGGGCUGGGUCCGAGAGAAGUCUGAACUGAUGGAGAGAUUCAACUCUGAGAGGAAGGAGUGGGAGAGCCAGCUGGGAGACAUGCAGAGGAAAAUAGGGGAGAUGUACAAGGAGGUGAAGGUGAGGCGUGAGGUAUCUGGGGAGAUGAGAGAACCUGUCGGAGAGAUUACAGAGGAGGUCACCCUGAAUGUCAGCGUACAUACCACCAGCACAGGAUCCAGCAUGCUUAGCGACAACUCGACUUCCGACCCCCAGAGCAGCAGCAGCAGCCAAUCAGAGCCCACCAACCAACACGGCUCCUACCCCCGUCGUCACCGCAACGACGACUUCGCCGCCCACAGAAACCGGGCGGAUCACCGUGACAGAGGAAACCCACGUAACUAUGACGACUGUGUCGGUAACCAGGAAGUGGACAUGGCGGAACUGGAGGCCAUCCUGCGAAGGGUUGACAGAGACUCUCCCUCUAAAGGGGGUAUGGUUAAUGUCUGUCGCUCCUCCCAUGGGGGAUCUAGUGUAGGAGUGACCCACAACACAGAGAUGAGCUCCGGGACAUGGAGUGACAAGAUGGAGAAUACUACAGCCCUCAAUGUCGCCCUGAAGGAGAUAGCCCGUGUGAGUGAAGAGCUGUGUAGCUACCAGGAUGAGAUCAGCAGGAAGUCCGGAGGGGACAAGAGGGGUCGAACCGAGUCCUCGUAUUUCCCCGAGGUGGAUCAUGUUACGACCAGAGAGAGAAUGGAGGACCCUGCCUUCAACCUGACGCAGCUGGUAGCUGACCUCAGGGCCCUGGAAGAGGAGAACUGGCUGUCCAUCAGGAACGACCCCGCCAGGGGUCCCAGUCACCUCAAGGAGCCCACCAGGGGCCCCAGUCACCUCAAGGACCCCGACAGGGGCUCCAGUCACCUCAGGGACCCCGACAGGGGCCCCAGUCACCUCAAGGAGCCCACCAGGGGCCCCAGUCACCUCAAGGACCCCGACAGGGGCCCCAGUCACCUCAAGGAGCCCACCAGGGGCCCCAGUCACCUCAAGGACCCCGACAGGGGCCCCAGUCACCUCAAGGACCCCGACAGGGGCCCCAGUCACCUCAAGAACCCAGCCAGGGGCCCCAGUCACCUCAAGGACCCCACAUCCAAGCCCUCUGAAAGGGAGAGAGAAGCACCUCCGCUCCCCCCUCUGCUGGUUCCUCCUCCUAUCCCUCCUCGGACAACAUCAUGGUACCUCGCCAGCCCCUCCCCUGAACUACAACUACACGUCCCAGAAUCCCUCAGUGGCUCGGGCAGGAAGUGCCACAGCCCCUGUCUCCUGUUAGACAGGAAGUGCAGCAGCAGCCCAUCGAUAGUGAGGAAGUUCGAGGCGAUGCUGCAGGAGAACGAGGGGAAAGUUCUGACGGAGGCGGGGUUUACCACCUGCGCUGUUCCCUUUAACUCCCAUUGCAACGCGGGCUGUUGCCACAACCGCUGGUCCUUCGGCAGCAGCAAGUCGUCCACCUAUGUGCCUGUCCAGAAGAGCCUGUCUGAAGUCAACAUAGUGAGUGCUGCUGGGAAGGACUUGAUCCACGACUACAGGCCCGUUGAGAAACCUAGAAGUCCUAGAAGCCCUGAGAGAGAGAGUCAUAUACAACCUGGAAACAAAGACCUAGCAGUUUCACACAUCUGUCUUGACCUUACCUUAGAGUUACCCCCUCCAGGCUCCAACCCUCCAGGCUCCAACCCUCCAGGCUCCAACCCUCCAGGCUCCAACCCUCCAGGCUCCAACCCUCCAGACUCCAACCCUCCAGACUCCAACCCUCCAGGCUCCAACCCUCCAGACUCCAACCCUCCAGGCCACAGUAGGAAUAUGAUGCUGGAACAGGCCACUGCUGAGUUUAACAGGACUCUCUUCCAGGCUGAGAUGGGUCGAGGGAUGGAGGACGAUGAGGUAGAGGACAGUUUUACAUCAGCGGGUGUCUCUAAAAGGGGCGUACCAGACGGUACGACGGUAUGUGGCGAGGUCACACACGGGGUCACCAGGGAGACGAACAUUGACCUCCCGCCACGGCACACCACAGAGGUUAGACAGAAGGAGGUGAUCUUUGACAUCACAGCUCAGAAGCUGAGUUCAGGGAUCAAACUGAGCCAGGCUCUGCCCCCAUCUGACCCUCAUCCAGGGGUCACCGUCAGGACCUUUGACCCCCCUGCCACCUCUGACCUUUCACCCCAACGCCCAGAAGUUGCGUUUAAGAACAUGCCUUCUAACCCGGCAACACGUUGCCCUGAGGUCAAACACAAAGCUGGACCCCCCAACAGCCUGUCUACGCCCACACUGCACAGGUCCAUCUCUAGUGAAUACAAGCAGCCUGCCCAGACUACACACACGGCUCCAGGACCAGAGGUGAGUGCCAGUCCGAAGAGGGACAUCAAGGCCCAAGGAGCGAGGCCUCAUUCCGUUAAGUCAUGCCCAGCUCCCCAGCCUCCUACAUACUUCAGGCCGAGGCAGGUUGGGCAACCUGGGUGUCGCUCAACCACAACGCAGGACAUCCUUAAAACUGGAUCUGGGGGGUCAGGACUCUGUGUGCCUGGCGGGUCAGGACUCUGUGUGCCUGGCGGGUCAGGACUCUGUGUGCCUGGCGGGUCAGGACUCUGUGUGCCUGGCGGGUCAGGACUCUGUGUGCCUGGGGGGUCAGGACUCCGUGUGCCUGGGGGGUCAGGACUCCGUGUGCCUGGGGGGUCAGGACUCUGUGUGCCUGGGGGGUCAGGACUCCGUGUGCCUGGGGGGUCAGGACUCCGUGUGCCUGGGGGGUCAGGACUCCGUGUGCCUGGGGGGUCAGGACUCCGUGUGCCUGGGGGGUCAGGACUCCGUGGUGUAAUGAGCGACCAGCCCUGGAAGCCCCUGACUCUGGCUGCGUUACGUCCGUCUGACUCCAGGUCUAAUUACGGAGCUGUGGAGAGGAUCCUGAAGAGCUAUGAGAACACUGCCUGGAGCCAGCGGUAUCAGAACCAUACCCAACCCACUGAGUCCAGCCCUAACGCUGGACCCAGCCUCAGGCCUGACCCUGGACCCAGCCUCAGCCCCAGUCCUAACCCUGGUCUCAGCCCCAGUCCUAACCCUGGUCUCAGCCCCAGUCCUAACCCUGGUCUCAGCCCCAGUCCUAACCCUGGUCUCAGCCCCAGUCCUAACCCUGGUCUCAGCCCCAGCCCUAACCCUGGUCUCAGCCCCCGUCUCAGCCCCAGCCCUAACCCUGGGCUCAGCCCCAGUCCUAACCCUGGGCUCAGCCCCAGCCCUAACCCUGGUCCCAGCCCCAGACAGGAAGAGGAACUCAUGGAUCUUCUGGAGGAGAUGAUGGAUAAGGAUUACUGGGAUCAGUCAGGCCCUGCCUCUGGACACUCCUCCCACACACAUUCUCACCACAGCCAGCUGACCAGCUCCCACAGAGAGACGAGGCUAACCAUGCAGGAGUGUAAAGUAUCUUCCAGCUCCUCAUCAGUCCAGAAGAAUUUCUCUCGUCCGGCCUGUCCAGCCAACCGCCGCCCUCCGUCACGCUGGGCUAGUUGUUCCCCCUCCACCUCUUCCUCCUCAACCUCCUCCUUCUCCUCCACCCCUAUAAACCAGCCCUCUUCCGGCUCCGCCCACAAACACACCUCAUUCUCCUACUCAGCCUAUCACACGGAGACAGUCAUCAUCUGACCCCUUAGCUGACAAUCUGUGUCUCAACCAAAAAGAUGCCUUUCGUUACUAUACGUACUCUUGACAUUUCUUUUCUCAAUUCAUCCUUCCUUGAUUCCUUCACAUCGAAGGCCCGAGUCGGGUGGGGGGUGGGGACGGGGACGGGGACGGGGGGGACGACCUUCUCCUCCAAUAUGGUUGUGAAGAACGUGAUGAUGAACUGAAAUAGAACCCGACUCAAACCUGCCUUUUCCUCCAUCGCCUCUAUACGUACCAAGACUGUUAUUUCUACAACCAACCGGACGAUCCAAGAGCUUCAGCUGUGGACCAACGUGGAGUUAGUUCACCGAUCAUCUUCAGAAUGUAAUCUCAUCGACUAGUGGACGAGACGUUUCAUGUAUUCUACUAUAGCAACUCCAGGAUCCCCAAUGCUGACUGUACCUCUGUGGCUUAAUCUGCAUCCCAAAUAGCACCCUAUUCCCUAUAUAGUGCAACACUAUUUUAGACCAGAGCCCAUAGUACCAUAGGGUGCUUUUUGGUCCUAAAGUAGUGCACUAAAUAGGGAAUAGGGUGCCAUUUGGGAGGCUAAUAUAUUCAACGCCAUUCAUUUCACGUACUCUUUUUAACUUGACAUGUUGCAUAAUAUUUACAGUAUUACAGAAUAAAUGUUUGUUAUUCUUUACCUUUCUGAUAUCAGAUGGAUUACAUAAAACGGGCCUGUUCAUAUUUACCAAAGGUGUCGUCUACAGCUUCUCUUCUCUCUCUAAAAAAAAUGGACUGAUGAGUUUCUAUGCUUUAAUUUGAUUGGACAUCGCCGGCUGUUGUCGGGCAGGAUAGCUGACUAGCUCCUUGUGUGUUAGCGCUUCCUGUUUGUUGGGGCCAUGCUUAAAGGGGCAAUCUGUAGUUCAUACAACAAAAAAACACUUUACUAAUAGCAGAAUGACCCCUUUUUUUUAAAUAUAUUUUUUAUUUUUAACUUGAUGAAAUGGACAACUAACCCUUUCUACUGGUGGUCUCUGUAACCGAUGGUUACCUACCCGGCCCCUAUUGACUAAUACUACAGUCUGUUGAAUCGAUGUGGUGGUGACCUCGUGACACGUGGUCUCUGUAACCGAUGGUUACCUACCCGGCCCACAGUCUGUUGAACCGAUGUGGUGGUGACCUCGUGACACGUGGUCUCUGUAACCGAUGGUUACCUACCCGGCCCACAGUCUGUUGAACCGAUGUGGUGGUGACCUCGUGGUCUCUGUAACCGAUGGUUACCUACCCGGCCCUAUUGACCUCGUGAUACGUGUCUAUAUCAUGAACGUGAUGCCUUUGCUGUUUUUAAUUUGUGUAAUAAAUGUAGCUACAUAUUUACUGUCUACUUCUUAAUA